UUCAUGCUCCUCUCCCAAAAGCUGGGCUGCAUGCUUUUUUUUUUCCGGCUGGCUGGCUAGCUGCUCAGUUCGUUGUAACUGUCCGUGAUUAUUUGGUGAUCGACGACGUGGAAGAGGAUAAGCAAUCCCCUGUGUCAUCCGCAUACCACACUGACCCAGAGAACGCCUCCAAGCCUGCACAGAGAGCUGUUAUCAUCUGUGACAAGGAAUGGCGCUGAACAGCAGUGGUCCUAAACGGCGCGUGUUCGUCAUCGGCGUCGGCAUGACCCCCUUCGCCAAGCCAGGCGACAAAAAGCGCGACUAUCCCAUUCUUGCAAAAGAAGCCGCCACAGCAGCCCUAGCGGACGCCCGGGUAUCCUACAACGACAUUCAGCAAGCCGUUUGCGGAUACGUCUACGGAGACUCGACGUGCGGCCAACGUGCUCUGUACGACGUUGGUAUGACCGGAAUCCCCGUCUACAACGUCAACAACAACUGUUCCACCGGGUCUACAGCGUUGCUGCUUGCGAAACAACUCGUUGAGGGCCGCGUAGCGGACAUCGUGUUGGCUCUAGGUUUCGAGAAGAUGGAGCGUGGAUCGCUGACGUCGAAGUUCCGCGACCGCGCAAACCCGUGCGAUAGGCACGCCAAAGUCCUGGCGGCAACUCACGGGCUCCAGCCGGCGCCAAUGGCGGCGCAGAUGUUCGGCGCCGCUGGCAUCGAGCACAUGUCCAAGUACGGCACCACGCAGCAACACCUCGCCAAGAUCGCCCAGAAGAACCAUCGACAUUCGGUCCACAACCCAAACUCCCAGUUCCGGGGAGAACACAGCAUAGCGGAAAUAUUGGAGUCACCCGUGGUCUACGGUCCCCUGACUAAGCUCCAGUGUUGUCCGACAUCCGACGGCGCGGCAGCCGCCGUAGUCGUUAGCGAAGACGUCGUGAGAAAGCUCGGCCUCGAAAACCAAGCCGUGGAGGUGGUCAGCAUGGCUAUGGCUACGGAUUUGCCAUCAACGUUCGAAGAGAACAGCUGCAUCAAGAUGGUAGGCUACGACAUGACCAAAAAGGCUGCCCAGGAAGCCUUCCAGAGAGCGGGCCUAACCCCCGAGGACGUCCAGGUCGUAGAGCUGCACGACUGCUUCUCCGCAAACGAACUGAUCACAUACGAAGCGCUAGGGCUGUGUCCGGAAGGCAAGGCUGGGGAGAUGGUGGACCGCGGAGAUAACACCUACGGCGGAAAAUACGUUGUGAACCCUAGCGGAGGUCUGAUUUCUAAGGGCCACCCGUUGGGUGCGACGGGACUGGCACAGUGUGCGGAGCUGUGCUGGCAGCUAAGAGGUCAGGCCGGAGCGAGACAGGUGCCAGGAGCUAAGGUGGCGUUGCAGCACAACAUUGGACUAGGCGGGGCGGUUGUCGUUGCACUUUACCGGCUUGGGUUUCCUAGAUCUAGCUUAUGAAGGUGUUCCGGGUCUUAUUAAUCACUGUGGUUUCUGGUAUGUACUUUCCCGGGAUAUGGCCAUACGUCCUCUUUAUCGAAACGCUGUCGGAGCCAGAGAUGUCAAACGUGUCUGCAGUUAUGUGGGCUGGCUCAUAGGGAACAGGAAAUAAAAUGGUCACAGACAGAGAGUCUAGCUGAAAUGCUGCUCCAUGUAACAGCAGCACGUACUCGUUGGAGAUUUUCUCCGAGGUCGUCGGCUAAACUGUUGAUCAUCACCUGGCUCAUGAACAUCCGAUUCUGUCAAGGAGAACCUUCUGGAAGAGAGCUACUUGGUGUGGCAUUUUGGCUAGACAUUCACUCACACAUGGUAGUGCACAGAGAGUUGCAGCGGUGAAGACGUUGAUACGACAGAUGGCCAGUUGCUCGCUAGCCUUUCCUCCUUUUUGCAAAGCAAAGUUUGAAAGUUACGCAGACAAUGUUUCAGUGCAGCAAAGAUACCAUCUCUCGCUUUCUUUAACCUCCAUAUAGUUUCACAUAUCACAACCAUCAGAUUCACUAGGUAUGGGGAAAGUCUCGCCUUCUGUAUAACAUGCGCACGCUGAUAUCUCGGACGAGGGAAGCAGAGACUUCGUUGUACAACAUCAUGUUGCUUGAAAGGACCGUUGCCGGAAAAUCGUGGGACGUCGUACCAGAGUGCAUCCAGGAUCAGUUCUCCAUGUAACCGCAACCCUAGGGCGAGGAUGUUUACAUUGAUCGGAUGUGGAACAAAAAAGAAAAUGGACUGCUGGUGCUCCAGUGUAGUACUAUCUGGAAUUUUGCCAAAAAUCCCAUUCAGUUUUUGCAGCAAUUGGUUUUUACAGAAUUUUGAAUGUGAUAACUUAAUCCUGGAUUUCGUACACAAAAUAAGAAAAAGACAUUGCGUUGAACAAGUGAUUGAUUUUUGUUGAUUGAUUGAUGGCCAACUCGUUUCUUCCGCGAUGUACUGCUCGCGACACUGUCUGAAAUCGCCUGUCAGCAGUUCCGCAGCCCGUGUUACUUUCGUGGCGCUUGAUAGUGUUGCAUUAAUAUUGUAUUUGAAAGUGGGCCAUAUGGUGCAUGUGUUUAUUACUCGAAAGAAUUAGUCUUGCAACACAUGGAGAGAAGAGAUGGCAUUAACCACGGGGUGCUGAUUUCAAACAAGCGUGUCGUGAGCAGUAAAUCAGAUGCUAUUUUUGUGGAGAAAUUGUUACGUAAAUGUAAUUGUACUGUGCUUCUUUAAAAGAACAGUAAGACACAUAAUGCAAAUGAAUGUCUGUUGAACAAAGGUCAUCCAGUAUGUCGCAUAUUUUUGCACGUUUUUACUCACGUAUUCUGUGAAAGCACGUCACAUAUACUGAACAAUAUGAACAAGAGGGAGAGCAUCCAAUAACUGUUAUGUGCAUAAGAGUUUUAAUAAAAAGGGGUUUGUCACACAAA